AUGCAGGCAGUCUGUCCAAAAUCUGCCUUCUUAGUCCUGAAAGCGGACCGACACUACCUUCUUACCCGAGGCGAGUGUCACAUAAUAGGCCCCUUUGUGAUUAUGGGCACGAUUUGGGUUCACUCUGAGGCCACUGCAUUCUUGAAGGCAGAUGUCAAACUUAACGCAUACUUCUUCCUGUGUCUCCUCUUUCAUUGUUCAUGCACUGACCUCGCUUUCUGCGUUCUGCCUGCCAGCUCUCUUGCUCCUGCCCAAACGAGGAGCAAGUCUGUCGUGGAGGCCACCAUGCGGACCAACACUGCUCGUCUCCUGGUUUUGGAUCCACCCGGACUGCAGUGCCCAGAGUCAGGCGGUCGAGCUUCCGGGGGCAGUUUUGAGGAUCUGCUCUACAACUACGCCAACGAAUGUCUCCUACAGCUCUACCAGAAGGGCAAUGACACCAACGAACCAACCAUUGUGAGUUUUCAGUCUCUUUUUUGUGUCCACUAA